CGCGCCACAAAGGGCCCGCGCGCAGCCGCCGCCGCCGCCGCCGCGCGAGGAGCCAGGAUGGUCCUGGUCCACGUCGGCUAUCUCGUGCUUCCAGUGUUUGGCUCUGUGCGAAACAGAGGUGCCCCUUUUCAAAGGUCUCAGCAUCCUCACGCUACCUCCUGCCGCCACUUCCACCUGGGCCCCCCACAGCCGCAGCAGCUGGCGCCCGACUUCCCCCUGGCCCACCCCGUGCAGUCGCAGCCGGGCCUCAGCGCCCACAUGGCCCCGGCCCACCAGCACAGCGGCGCCUUGCACCAGUCGCUAACUCCGCUGCCCACCCUGCAGUUCCAGGACGUCACAGGUCCCUCCUUCCUACCUCAGGCCCUGCACCAGCAAUACCUCCUGCAGCAGCAGCUCCUGGAAGCCCAGCACCGAAGGCUCGUCUCGCACCCUAGGCGGAGUCAAGAGCGCGUGUCUGUCCAUCCCCACCGCCUCCACCCCAGCUUCGACUUUGGCCACCAACUACAGACACCUCAGCCCAGGUAUUUGGCUGAGGGCACUGACUGGGACCUCAGCGUGGAUGCCGGCUUGAGUCCUGCCCAGUUCCAGGUGCGGCCCAUCCCUCAGCACUAUCAGCACUACCUGGCCACUCCGCGAAUGCACCACUUUCCCAGAAGCUCCUCCUCCACGCAGAUGGUUGUCCAUGAAAUCCGAAACUACCCUUACCCUCAGCUUCACUUCCUUGCUCUCCAGGGACUGAACCCCAACAGACACACCUCUGCAGUGCGGGAGAGCUAUGAGGAGCUGCUGCAACUCGAGGACAGGUUGGGAAAUGUGACUCGGGGAGCUGUACAGAACACCAUUGAGAGGUUCACCUUCCCCCACAAGUAUAAGAAGCGCAGACCCCAGGAUGGCAAGGGCAAGAAGGACGAGGGGGAGGAGUCGGACACCGACGAGAAAUGCACAAUUUGUCUGUCUAUGCUGGAAGAUGGAGAAGACGUGAGGCGCCUACCCUGUAUGCAUCUCUUUCACCAACUCUGCGUGGACCAGUGGCUUGCCAUGAGCAAGAAAUGCCCCAUCUGCCGAGUGGACAUUGAGACACAACUGGGAGCUGACAGCUGAGGGAGGAAUUAGCCAGCGGAUGCCCCAUUUUCCUUCACCAGGUCCCCCCAUGGCCAUAGCCCUUGCAGCCAAACUUUGCCUUCUGAGCCAUUUGAUGUAGAGGAAAAGCCUGCAAGCACAUUUUGUGGAAAGAGCAGUUGGUGGUGUCAGUGUCUGAGGGAGAGGAGGGGGUGGUGGAGGCCACCCAUGCAGAGCGGUGACUGCCCCAUCCACCUCCUCGCCGCGGGGGGCGGCUGGCCACCCAGAGCAGGGCUGGGGAGGGCGGCGCACCGGCUGAGAACCUAGAUGGGAUGCUUAAGGCCCCAGCUGAUAGGCCGGCCCCUCAGUCCUGUCCUUGGAGGGAUUGUGUAUAUACCUCUCGACCACGUAGAAACCAUGUAGGGGUCUCUAGCUAUUUCUGUGGAUGGCAGCCGGAGCAUGUUAGCUUAAGAAAAAUGUCGUGUGUGGUGCUCUGUCAUCUUGUGGUGGACAUGUCGCUAUUACCGAAUCCGCACCAAAUAUUUCUCAUUGAGUUUCUUGUUUUGGUGCCUGACUGAACCAACCAACGACAGCCCAUAUCUUCCCGUCUUUAGGAGAGAAAAGGAAAAAGGAAUCAAAGGUGAAGAAAAAAAAGCCAAAUCCUGUUUACGGUGAAAAAGGAUGAUUUUUUUUUCACCCAGCUUGGGGGGUGGGAGGGGGUGUUAUUGUUUUGUUUUGGGUUUUGUUUUUUCCUUUGCUUUUGUUUUUAUCAUGUUUACAGUGCACGGAGUGUGGAAGGGGGGCUCUGGGAAAGGGGGGACUAGGAAGGAGCAGAUGAGGGUCUUAGAUGGGCCUCUGAGGGGCCUAGCCAGCAUGGGGAAGGCAGGGGUUGAGUACGGGCAGGGGGGAUUCUGUCUUGAAGCAGGGCUCCCCAGUCCCAGAGCCCAUGUACCUAGCUCCUGCCAUCCUCCAGUUCCACAGUGAGCCAGGGGAGGGGCCGGCCUUCAGUAAGAGGAGCCCUUGUAUUCUUCAGAGCCAGGAUGGAGUCCCCGCCCCCACCAACUUCCUUUUUGGCUGUGCUCAAGCCCUGUCACAAAGAGGCAAUUGGCCACUGCCUCCCUAUGCAAAAAAUUAACUGGAGGAGGAAGAUCAGACCGCAUAGGUGAUGGGCACUUGGUCUUGGCCAACGUGCUCUCAGCUAGCACUCAGGGGCUGAAGUCCAACACCGCACAUCUUGAGGAGGACCUUCUGCUUCCCUUGGGAUGUCUCAAAACCUGAUGGGACCCCUCAAAUCCUGAUGGGACCCCUCAGAGAUGGCCCUGGCCCUGAGACCGUGUUGGCUGGGUUUAGGAGGCCCGGCUUAAAAAACUGGGUUUUAGUUUGCCUGGCUUCUGGCUCUUUCUCUGACUCUUUGAUAACCUUGGGCAAGUCACUUCCUCUCUCUGUGCCUCAGUUUCCUUCUCCUGAGAGUGGGGAGAAACAACAGUGCAUCCCCCUUUCCACUUCCUCUACCUCACCUGGACAUUGUGAGAAGUAAUGUGAUCUGCCCGCUGCAGGCAUGCUGCCUCCAGGGAGACUCCUGGGGUUUGGGGUGGGGGCAGGGGAGACACAGACCUGGAAGUCAGUUCCAAGAGAUAGUAUAUAGUGUAUCUUUCUGCACUACCCCACACUUUUUCUGAACCUCAAAGGGAACAGAGAGGUGGGAGGGCAGAAGGACGGAGAUGGAAAUAUCCACCAGAUCCAGCCCCCACCCAACUUUCUUCAUCCAUACGUGGGAAACCCCAGCUCAGCUGGAGUUCUGCUCUCCCUGUCCUGCAUUUGCACUGCCCUCAAAGCUGUACCCCCUCACUGCUACCCCAGCCUCAUGCCCUUGUAUCAAUAACAGAAGACUGAGGGGGACAGGAUACUAAUUACAUGUAUGAAGAAAUUCUAUCAGGUUAAGGAAAUCUGAGUUUGCACUGCUUCUUCAAAAGGUAAAACCAGGACCCAUAGGGAAAAAUGACUGGGAGGCAGAUUUUGGCUUGAGGUAGAACCUUCUAGCACAACCAGAGCUGUCAGGGGGAGGCAUGGCUGCUCUGGAACCUGCAGGCAGAGAGUGGGGAAUGUGAUUUCCAGUUGGAGGUCUACUCAAAGAUCUUAGAUGAAAGGCUUCUCCAGCACCCAUACCCUGGUGUCCUAGAGAAUCUUUACUGAGCACCUGCAGGUGCAGGCACGGGAGAGAUAAUAGCAAAGAAGACAAUAUCCUUGCCUUGAGGAACUUGCAGUCUGGCUGAGGAGCCAAGGCACAUUCACUAGUGCAGAAACAGGAAAAAGCCUGAUGCGGGGCUGACAGACAUGAGUAUUGCUGUGUCUAAUUCGUUCGCCAUGGAAGCUGGGAAUUCUCCCCACCCUACUUUGACCUGGAGGGAGCCAGGGUGGUCUAGGGAAGGUUGCGCCCCUCUUAGUCUCCGGCUCUUGUUCUGUCUGAUGCUGGUUUGAAAGGCCGGCAGGCUGAGGGAGUCAGUGCGCAGGCAGGAUGGCACGAGCUCUGACAUCCCAGGUUGCAGUCUUGGCCCUUACCUGACCAAGUUCGCAAUGCUAGAAACCCCCCUUCUCUCUGGGCCUGUUUCCUCAGCUGUAACACAGGAGGUUGGACUGGAUGCUUGCUCAGUUUCCUUCCAACACGCACAUUGUCUGAUCCUCUCUAAGACCAACCCGUCUUGCAAGUCCGCAGGGCUGUGUGCCAACCCGAGCUGCUGAAAAUGACUUCCUAUGGGUACCAAGGUCUGUUUCAGAGGCUGAGCGAGGGGCUGGUCUCCUCCUCCUCCUCUGGGGGCCCUCAGUGCCCCAGGCUAACAUUAGGCACUGACUGGGGCGGGAUCCACCCAGAGGUGUGAGGUCAGCUGCUGAUUCUGGGUCCUGAAGCCUCCUUCCCCUCCCCGUCUCUCUGGGGCCCUUGUCCCUGGAAGUGGGCCCCAGAAGGGUUGUGGACUUGGCCCCUCCCAGCUCCUAGAGUCCUGUGAGCAGAGAGGAGAGGGGUCUGUGCUCUGCUCCCUUGAGGCCCCUCCCCUGUUGUCCGGGAGCCUGGAAAGAGGGGAGAAGAGGCAGGCUCUGGCCUCAGCAUCUCACCCACCACCUCCGGGAGGGAAGACCCCGGGGUCCUCUUUCUGCUCUACUCAAGGGACUCAGACCCUUUUUUGACUGAGACGCAUGAGUGCCUUCUGGGGCGAGAGCUGCCCCAGGAUUCAAGCGGGGCCUCCUAGCUGCAAGCAGCCCUGGCCGCAGCGGGUCCACCGAAGACACCAAUCAAUGGAACUAAUGCCAAGGGCCUCUGCAGAGGCGCUGGGCUGGGCUCCUCCACUAGGUGAGACCCUGGGCCCAUAGCCCUUGCCCACUCCUGUGGUGGGACUCAAGCUCCUUUUCUGCAAAUGUUCCCAGCCUCCGUGCAAGUAUUCUUAACUCUUUACGCCUAAUGAACAAGCACAGUUUUUUCAAUGGUGAAGAAAAAGCACCAGAUUUUUUUUUUGUCCUGAAGAAAUCCCCCGAGUCCCUGCCUGCUGGCGGGGCAAACACUCCCCGUGUGGGGCUGUAGCAACGUCUGUCAGGUCCCGUCGUGUUUCAUCUCCUGCGCGCGUAGAGCAAAUGCUAGAGCGAUUUCAGCUGAUAGAAAAACAAAAAUGAAAAAAAAAAAACCACAAAAAACAAAAAACAUGGCACGUUGCUAGUUUACAGGGUUUUGUGAGUUUAAAUGCCUUAUAUUUAACAAUCAUAAUUUAUGACUAACUUGUAGAUAUCGUGGGUUCUUAUUUAAUUAUUUUUAUAGUUGUUUUGCAUUUUUAAUUAUAAUUUAUUUAUUUAGAAAGGAUACUAAUUUUUUUUAUUACUCCUAUUACCUCAUUUUGGCGUUGUUUCUGGGAGUGGAAUGCUUUGCAUGCUUUGGUACGAUGACAAACAACUAGGAAUACAAAUGAAAAUUUUAAAUAAAAUUCCGCGAACUUUAUUUCGUCCAAACUAUCAGGGUGUGUGAUUGCAAGCUGUCCUACUGUGGUGCUGGCCUCUUUGGAUACAUUCCAUACGAAAUGCAAACUUUUGAUUCUGUAUGCUGUGAUCUAGUGAAAAACUCCAAUAUAGUGACUGUAUUUAGCACAUAUAUAAGUAUAAUUUGCACUCGUCAGCAGACUGGGGUAAUCCUUUCACUUGCUACCCUUCCCCACCAGCUCCCCAUCAUUAACUUGUUUUUCCUUUUUACCUCGCCCUUCCCACAACCUCAGCCCUGCUGCCUCUGUCCUCUGGGGAAGGUCCAGGGUGCUGGAGGUCACUCUCUCCACCUGGGCUCCAAAUCUCUCUGGUUCCAGAACUGGGCCCUUGGGACAUGAUCAGCAGCAGCAGCUGAAAGUCAAAGAGCCUGGCUGAUUAGAAUAAGCCCUGGACUGGGGGUCAGGGGGACCAGCUUUGUUGCCAAUUUUCAUGUGACCCUGAGCAAGCCACUUGGGUCUGUUUUCUGGGCUGGUAAGAGUGACUGAAGGGUCUUUAGGGCCCCUCAGACUUGGAUCGAAUAUGACACAGAUCCAGCAGAGACCACUGUGUUGUGCUCUCUCACCCUCUCAGGAAGAAGAAAAGGGAGGAGGGCAGGAUGGAGGGAAGGAGAGACAAGACAAGAGAGAAGGAGGAGAGGGGUUGAAAAUGUAUACAGUGGGGCUGCUCAAGUUGACAUCCAGAAGGCCUGUCCUAUUAUAUGAAGCACACUGCCGUGACAGGUUGGCAAGAUGGGUGGCUGUAUCGCCGGGCACAGGACAUGCACGUCACAAGGUCCACGUCCUGUGAGAUGUCAGGACAGGAUAGGCAGAAUCUAAGCCCCAUGGCCUUUGGGAUUGGCAUCCCCGUCCUAUCAUCUCUCAGGGCCUGUUGUUGAGGUGUCACCCUUGACAACAGAUUGGGGCACAGAGUCAGGGCCUGUGGUCUCUCCUCCUAGCACCUCCUCCUUUGCCAGCCUUCUGCCAUCACUCCAGGGGGCUCUGGGCAGGAGGGGCUGCUGUGGGGAACAGGUGGUGGCCACCAGUCUAACUGCCCCCCAAGGAAGAGUGCUAGGGGAGGGCCUGACACAGUGGUGAGCCCAGAAGCCUUUGAGUCAAAAGAGAGAGAGGACUUCAUACCCCCUGGAGAAGCUUCUAAGCAGCUGGGAGCCUGGCCAGGAGUGGGAGGGUCACUCCUGUGCUCUCUGCAUGUCUGCCUCGGCCCCAUAUUCUUCCUUCCCUUCCUCUUCAGCUCAUCCUUCCCUCUUGCCUCUUGACAUCACUGCCUUUGCCUGGUGGAGCAGACCACCCUCCACAUGAGGCCCCCUGGGAUGGUGCUGAUGCGGGAGGAAGCGGACACCCAGAUUUGCCACACUGCCUGGCCAGGCUUGUAGGAGCAGCUGGCCCGUGUAAGAUUCCUAAGCCCCAACUUUGUUCUGGCUGGACUAGGAUCCCGUCCCCUGGGUUUCCUGCCUGCUGCCUGCCCAGCUUCCCUUUCUGCCUCCACCCUGGAGCCUUGUUCACCUGCUUUCCUUGGACAUGGCCUGUGGAGUCACCCACUGGGGUGCACAGCCACCAUACCGCCAGGCCUGGCAGGCACUGCCCCCUUGGCAGGGCUCCUGGGUGGACAUGCCUUAUGCUGCUCUUCGGGGUCAGAGCCGGGAGGGCCCUUUGCCCUGACCGCCUCUGCCCCCACCCGCCUCACCCCACACUUCCCCUUCCCCAGCCCCACCCCUGGCCUUGGACCUGGCUCCUGUCUCAGCUAGGGAGCCAGCCCCUCCAGGCCCUCCAGGGGGGACUUCGGUUGCCUCUGGUAAGUGAAAGGAUUAUCCUCAGUGUUGAUUGUCCUUUUUUGUAAUCCUCCUGCUGUUCUGUUCUGUUGUGCUGUGCAACAUUUUGCUACAUAGACUAUUUUAUAGCAGAAAGCUAGAAGAAUAUUUAUUAUGACUAUUAAAGCAAUAGUGCAUCAAUGAAAAGGUGGAGACAUUAGGAAUUGUGUAAAUGCUUAGAUUCACUUUUGGUGGAUUUUUUUGUACUUUAUUUAUAACUAAUAAAAAUGAACUGCAUUGCUAACUAC